AUGCUGAAUCCAUGCAGAGGCAUGUAUCACGAUGUCCGUCGACGACUACCCCACUACUGGAGUGAUAUUCGAGAUGCGCUCACCUAUCGAACCAUUGCAAGUACAAUUCGCAUAUACUUCAUCAAUAUUCUCCCAGCUAUCGCCUACACCUUGGAUAUGUAUCGCCGAACCGGAGAGUUCUAUGGCAUCAACGAAGCGCUGUUUUCCUCUGCUCUCGCGGCUAUGGUUUUCAGCGUCUUGGGCGCACAACCACUCACUAUCGUUGGUAUCACAGGACUAAUAUCGCUGUUCAACUAUACCAUAUAUGAUAUCAUAGUCAUCUAUGAGCCGGCUAUAUAUGCCAACUUCAUGUGCUGGACUGCUAUCUGGGCAGCGAUCUUUCAUUGGAUUGUUGCCGUGUGCAACCUCUGCGAUUAUAUGCGCUAUGUCACGGACUUUUCAUCUGAAUCGUUUGGUGCAUAUGUUGGAAUCAUCUAUUGCAUAAAGGGAGUCGAAGAGCUGGUGAAUGAGUUCACUGUCUACGGUCCAACCGCAGGCUUCAUGAGCUGCAUGAUUGCUAUACUGUAUUUCUUCACAAUAUAUGGCCUAGAAUUGGUAGGAUCCAGCACGAUUUGUCGACCAUGGCUUCGUGAACUACUUGCAGAUUAUGCUUAUGUGAUCGGAACAAUCUUCUGGGUAGGAUUCGCGCAUAUCCCCGGCAAUCUCAAAGCCACUGGCAUCUCAUUCGUGCCCAUCACUCGGGCAUUCUAUCCAACACAGCCGCGUGGCUGGCUAAUUCACUUCUGGGAACUGGAGACAAAAUGGGUCUUUGCAGCCCUGCCUUUCGGAUUCUUGGUCAUGCUGCUCUUCUAUUAUGACCAUAACGUCAGCAGUCUCGGAGCUCAAGGCCGACAAUACCCACUGGAAAAGCCAGCCGGAUUCCACUGGGACUUCUUUCUCCUAGGCUGCACCACCUUCAUCGCCGGUAUCACUGGCAUCCCAAUGCCCAACGGCCUCGUCCCACAGGCACCCGUCCACACCACCUCCCUAACCGUUACUGAAACCACCCUUCACAUCAUCCCUAUCUCAGACCCAGAGUCCGAGGGCACCGAAAUCUGCCGACCCAUCAUUACCCCGACAGCUGUUAUCGAGCAACGCAUCUCCCACUUCCUAAUGGGUCUCGCCAUAAUUGGCACCAUGACCGGACCUCUUCUGAUAGUCCUACACACCAUGCCCGCCGCCGUGUUCGCAGGUGUCUUCUUCAUUGUAGGCUGGGGAUCCAUAGAAUCGAACGGCAUUCUGCACAAGAUCAUCUUUCUCCUUCGUGAGGAUCGAUUUAUCCCGCGGAAUGAGAAGUUACUCCGUGUUCCGAGGCGGAAGAUUAUGCUCUAUGUGAUGUGCCAGGUUAUUGGAGUUGCCGCGUGCGUGGCGAUCUCGCAGACUAUUGCGGCAAUUGGGUUCCCGAUUUUGAUCAUUGGGUUGAUUCCGUUUAGAGUGUGGGUUGUACCGAGGUGGUUUGGAGUGGAGGAGUUGGGGGUGUUGGAUGGGUUGACGGCGGAUGGGGAGGCGGUUUUGUGUAGUUUGGGAGGACCACCUAGGUUUCCUGGGGAGGCAAGAGGGGUGGAGGGUGAGAGACAGAAGGGUGGGGAGUGA